AUGAGUCCACCCACGUGUCAUUUACUGAUUCAGGCCGUGUUGAUUAUACUAAGACAAAGCAACUCACUAGUAGUUUCCAGUGACUCAGAUGAUGGUGAUGAUGAUGAUGACUUGUCUCCAGGGGAACGAAGGGAAUGGGGAGAGGUCAAGUUUUUGCAUGAUCGAGNAAGGAGCUUUGCUAUAAGAUAUAGUGGUGAACAGCCGAUACGGAUCAGACGAAUAGAUGGAUGGCGAAAUAUUCUGCUGUUUUUGAAGACUGAAGAAUUCCCAGCAGACGUAAUCCAAGAAGAUUUAGAAAGCCUUUCUUGUGGGUCAGUGGAUGCUUUGCUUACAUUCGUGUGGUUUUUGAUUGAACUUUUUGUCAUAAAGCAGUGCAAAAAGGACUACAAUAUGUUGGGUAGAUCUCAAAGUUCCGCAAGAACUUUCCUUCUAUCGUGGCUAACUCAUAAACUUCCUCACCGUACCAUUAACAACUUCGACGAUGACUGGAAAGAUGGAACCGCAAUUUGCGAACUCGUAAACGCUCUGCAGCCAGGGUCUAUUCAAGAAGAGGARUUCAGCGAUAYUUACAAUGGUGAAAACAAUGCCAAACUUGGCAUCCAAAUGGCAUAUGAUAAAUUUGGUAUCCCUCAAAUUAUUUCUUCAUAUGACGUUGCAUCUACUCAUAUCGAUGAACUAAGUAUUAUGACAUAUAUUGCUUUAUUUUGUAAGUAUGAAAGCUUGGUUAAAGAGGAUACCAAUAAUAAUAAAACGACGUCUACUUUGAGAGACAGCGAAAACAUACGAGCCGCUUCGUGCAAGGCUUACGGUUCUGGACUGCAAAAUGGGGAAUUGGGAAAAAUCGCUGAAUUUAUUAUUGAAUUAAACGGCGCCAAAGCCUCUGAUAUUACCAUUGCAAUCGAGUGCAAACCUUCUACUGGCGGCCAUGAAGAAAAACCGGAAUUGAGCGUKAAAUCAGUGGGUAAAAGCACUUAUGUUGUGAAAUACCUUCCAUCAAAGCAAGGCGACUACAUCAUAAGCGURUUAUAUUGUGGUGCACACAUUCUAAGAAGUCCUUUCCAUCUUACUGUAACUGGAAAAGUAAAUGGUGUUAUUCCUGGAACGAAAGAGAACAUCCUAAAAGAAAGACUGCAAGACGYUCAAUUCCCCUUUUACAAAGCUAUGAAACAGGAAAACAGUUYAAUGGAAAGUCCUCGAGAAAAACCAGAGUUAGUUGUAACCGAAGUUCGUGACAUUCCUCUGGGAAUUCCCAUGAACACUGCUGAAGGGCCAGGACUGGUAGCCGGUGAGGUYGGAYGUGUUGGCAAGUUUACAGUCAUAACAGACAACUCGRAUAAAGGACCUCUYAGUGUGUGCAUAAGCUGUCCUGCUGUUUCAAUACCCGUUCCUUACGUGAAAACMGAAAAAAAGAAAACSUACACUGAACAUCGCGUUCUGUACAUCCCCACAGAACCAGGAACCUACGAAAUACUUAUCAAGUGGGGCGAGACACAAAUACGAGGAAGCCCUUUUAAGGUUUUUAUCAACGACGUCAAUCAAGAUGACGUAAGCUUGUCACGUGAUGUGAGUUUGGAGGAUCUUGGCGGGAAAGGCAAGAUAAGGGUUUAUUACGCCGCGACGUCUAUGAAACCAAAGGURCAGCGAGAUAAACAGAUGAUGGAGAUUUUCCUGAAAGAAAAGGGAAUAUCAAGCCUGUCUGACUUUGACUCUUGGAUUGCGUUGGAUGUGGGGAUGACMAAACUUCAAAGAGAGAAGGUUUUUAAGAAGGCAGGUCACCGUUCUACYCCACUKUUGUUUGUUGAUGACCAGUGCCUGGGGACAUACGAGGAUAUUGCCAUUAUGGAUAAAGAAGGACUGUUGGACUCUUACCUAAAAUUACGGUAACAUGUUUUACUUGUUCCGACAUGGAGAAUAUAUAAAAAUGAGUACAUGUAUCGUGGAAAGAUGAUAGACACUUUUUGGCGUAGACCAGACAUAGUUACAAUCGUAGAAAUGGAAUUAAGAAUAGAAUGUAUACUUCUAGCUACCUUUAAUAGGAACCUGAACUCAGGAUGAGAAAUUAAUUCCAGCGGGCAUUGCUAUCGUUACAUUGGUGUGACGUUUAUGUAGCGUACAAUCGCUAAGUAACGCCCUUGCAGUGUAGAAUGCAACCGUACAGUAUUGAGGUAUGCUAAGUGCAAUUGGACGUUUACGUACUUGAACGAUAGUUGAAAUAUUUAGUACAUUAACGUAAUUUCGUGGUUAAGUGCAGUCGUUACGUUUACGUACUUGAAGUAUUUACCUUAACGUAAUUUUAAGUACGUGCAAUCGUUACAUUACGUACUUGUAUAGUAGAGUGCGUUUAUUUCGUCUGAACCCUAUUGCCGAGCUCAAAAUCCAGAUCAAUAUUAUUUAUUAGAUUACUGAUAUUUUAUAUAUAAUGAUUCGUUGGUUAUAAUUUAUGACUUACGUGGCUAAAUAGAGGUCGAUUAUUACUAGGAAUUGGGUCUAGACUAACAAAGAUUGUUUACAAUAAUAUCUGUGGACAGACUCUACUCCAAAAAAUAUUUGAAUAUCCUACAUUAGUAUAAUUAUUUAUAAAAGUAAAUAGAACUUAUGGACUUAUCCUUGGUGAAGAUGUCUAACAGCAGUGAUUUGUAAAACUAAGAAUAAUAUUUUAUUGUAUUAUGAAAGAGAAAUGAAAAAUAGCUAUUUAAAGGUAAAAGGGAAUUAGAAAACUAGGUGGAAUUGAAGUAGUUUUAAAGAAAUUAUAAUUUAUUGGAAUAAAGAAUAGCUUUGUAUUUAAUAAAUAAAAUACUCUUAAAAUAUA